GCGUCGGGUAUUUCUAUCCCGCCCUCUAAAUAGAACUGAUAGGAUUAUCGGCCUCCUGUGUAAAGAUGCAACCUUCAGGAGAGUCAGGACACUUAUUGUCGCCGUAUUGAACCCUUGUUCCAUUACCUGCUAUUUAUAUUUACGGUGGACCAAGAGUUCAUGAGUAGCACACAUAUAAGUAGAGGGAGGGUUUACUUCCAUGUACCUGGGCUUGUGGCGCCAUAGAACACAUCCAGACUGAGCAGAUUGUUGCAGAGCUUUCAUUGCGUGUUGCUGCUCUUUCCAUGCGGCCGAAGCCGCCGCAGUCACAACAAACUUAAAGAUCCACAACAAAACUAUGGGAGUUCCGAACUCCAGGGAAUACAACUACUACCAUUCUCCGAAUCCACCUUUAAGGAUUUUGCUGAAAAGACGCAACGAGCCUCUCAAAAAGGAGCGUCCCAAGUGGAAGAGCGAGUACCCAAUGACCGAGGGCCAGCUCAGGAGUAAACGGGAUGAGUUUUGGGACACGGCACCGGCCUUUGACGGACGGAAAGAGAUCUGGGACGCCCUGCGAGCGGCAGCCCUGGCGGCAGAGUGCAAUGACCUGGAGCUGGCGCAGGCUAUCGUGGACGGAGCCUGCAUCACUCUGCCUCACGGCUCUCUCGCUGAGAGUUAUGAUGAGCUCGGCAACCGCUACCAGCUGCCAGCAUACACUUUAACCCCCCCUGUCAACCUCAUCACCGAAACAUGCAAUGAAAGCAAAGUGUGCGAAUCCACACAAAAGCAAGCGCAGCCUCCUCCAUGCAGACAGGAGUUCCAGCUCCGUGUGCGAUUGUCCACCGGAGAGGACGUGCGUCUGACGGCCAGCAUGGCCGACUCCAUCGCUGAGCUGAAGAAGCAGCUGCAGCGACAAGAAGACAUCGACGUGUCCCGCCAGAGGUGGUUCUUCUCGGGGAAACUCCUCACUGACAAGACGCGUCUGCAGGAUGCCAAAAUCCAGAAAGACUUUGUUGUCCAAGUCAUUGUCAACGUGAACCCUGCAAUUCUCUCCAACUGAAACACAACAAAAGGGCCAGAAAGUGGUGAUAUUUGAAGGGAAGCAGCAUAUGCACUGGGACUUUGUGUACAAUUUUAUAUAUAAGUAUUGUUUUUUAUUGUUCCUUUUUGUAUUUGUUCUCCCUAUUUUUCCACAGAAAUGAAGAAUACUAAAAAAAAAAAGCACUGAAAUACUUUAGAAAAAAGGUAGAAUCUUACCACAUUUGCCCCACAACUUACACGUCCAUUGUUUACACCAAUAUUCCUCUUUGCUUUGUGUCUUCUUCCUUGUGGCAAUAGCAAACUAAAACGUGUUUGCAACCCAAAUACAGGAAAAAAACAUGUUUUUCUUCUAUAAUUUAAGGAGAUGACAGAAGGGAAAAUGUAGAUAUCAGCAUAUUUAUAUGUUGUUUGGUCAAUCAACGCUGUGCUCAACCAUUGUCAUUCUAUUAAAAAAAAAAAAGACAUGGACAAUGAAAAAGUUAUGAGAUCAUUGGUUCCUUGAAUGGCAUACAUAUCUAAAUGAAACCCAUGCAUUUAAACUAAACUCGGAUUAAUUUACAGUUCACCCACUUAAAUGAAUACGUAUUGCUAUAAACGGGUCGGCAACCUAACAUGUUGAAAGAGCCAUAUUGGACCAAAAAUACAAAAACCCAAAUCUGUCUAGAGCCGCAAAAAGUUAAAAGGCUUAUGUGUUAUAAUGAAGGCAACAUUAAGUAAGUGUCUCAGAGGGUGAGAUAACUCCUAGGAAUUACUGGCUUAAAACUGCCAAAGGUAUAGAUGUGUGUGCCCAAGUUAAAGGAAAGGACAGGCUGUCUUCUAAUGGAUUUAUUACAAUCUUUGUCCGCCCUGAGAUCGGUAGGUCCUGAGUUCAAAUCCCGGCCGAGUCAUACCAAAGACUAUAAAAAUGGGACCCAUUACCUCCCUGUCCCACUCAGCAUCAAGGGUUGGAAUUGGGGGUUGAAUCACCAAAAUGAUUCCUGAGCGCGGCCACCGCUGCUGCUCACUGCUCCCCUCACCUCCCAGGGCGUGGAACAAGGGGACGGGUCAAAUGCAGAGGGUAAUUUCACCACACCUAGUGUGUGUGACUAUCAGUGGUACUGUAACUUUUUUUUUAACGUUUGCUGUGGUCUGGAACAACAUGGCACAGAAUCAGAAAUGCAGCCAAUAUCACAUGCAGAUAAUGUGUCAUGAGACACAGAGAACAUAAGAAAAGGAAUUAGAUGAACUCAAAUAUACCCACAAACGAGGCAUAAUGAUGCUAUAUGUACACAAAGCUAGCCUAAAUAGCAUGUUAGCAUGGAUUAUUAGCACUCCACACAAGUCAACAACAUCAACAAAGCUCACCUUGGUGCAUUCACGCACAGCAUAAAACAUUUGGUGGACAAAAUGAGACAAAGGAGUGGCAUAAAACAUGUCUUUCUGUGGCAGCGACGGAGAAAGUUAUACACGUAAACCAACUACGGUGAGUUCAAAGACCGCCAAAAUUAGUCGGACAAAACGGCGCUGGUCAGCAUACACACAAACAUAUUGUAAUAUCCCCGGAAUGUAGGCUCACACAACUUCUUUAGUUUGUCUUGUCUUUAUUGCACAACCACACAACAAACACGAUGUGCGUCUCCCCUCUUUUACCCACAGUACUCGAACACCUACUUUCUAUCAACAACGUCACUUCCCUAUCUCUUCCUGGAAGUCCCGCCUCCCAGCCAACGUCAUUGGCUAACACCCCGUUAAAUUGGGAAGGUUUGUGUUAUGUUUGUCCUCCUACAGAAACAUUAUUAAAAUAAAAAAUAUUAGUUUUACCCCCAUAUUUUUCCUUUAAAAAAAAAAAAAACUACCAGUGCUAACGAGCCGCUAAAGAAU